UGAGUUUUCUUGAUAUUUUCCCACUUCAAUUCUCUACUUCUUUCUAUAGAGAGAAAAAUGAGUGAUAUUGAGGGAUCCCCAGGUAGCUCCAUGCAUGGAGUGACUGGAAAAGAGCAAGCCUUUGCGUUCUCAGUUGCUUCACCUGCUGUCCCAACAGAUACAACAGCAAAAUUUGCCUUACCAGUUGAUUCUGAGCACAAGGCCAAAGUGUUUAAGAUUUUUUCUUUUGCUAACCCUCACAUGAGAACCUUUCACCUUUCUUGGAUUUCCUUUUUCACUUGUUUCAUCUCUACUUUCGCUGCAGCCCCUCUUGUUCCCAUCAUCCGUGAUAACCUCAAUCUUACCAAAAAUGACAUUGGUAAUGCUGGAGUUGCUUCUGUCUCUGGAAGCAUCUUCUCUAGGCUUGCAAUGGGUGCUGUUUGUGAUCUGCUAGGUCCAAGAUAUGGGUGUGCCUUCCUCAUAAUGUUAUCUGCCCCAACUGUGUUUUGUAUGGCGUUUGUAUCCUCAGCUGGAGGAUACAUAACCGUCAGAUUCAUGAUUGGGUUCUCUCUUGCAACCUUUGUAUCUUGCCAGUACUGGAUGAGCACAAUGUUCAAUAGCAACAUUAUAGGGCUUGUCAAUGGAACCGCCGCUGGGUGGGGGAACAUGGGUGGUGGUGCAACUCAGCUAAUAAUGCCCUUGGUGUAUGACUUGAUUCAGCGAGCAGGGGCAACUCCAUUCACUGCUUGGAGGAUAGCAUUUUUUGUUCCAGGAUGUCUUCAUGUGAUAAUGGGAAUCUUGGUCUUGACUUUAGGCCAAGACUUGCCUGAUGGGAACCUAGGAGCCCUGCAGAAGAAGGGCAACGUUGCCAAGGAUAAGUUCUCUAAGAUUCUUUGGUAUGCUAUUACAAACUAUAGAACUUGGAUCUUUGUUCUUCUUUACGGAUACUCCAUGGGUGUUGAAUUGUCCACUGAUAAUGUUAUCGCCGAGUACUUCUACGAUAGGUUUAAUCUUAAGCUUCACACGGCUGGUGUCAUUGCUGCUACCUUUGGUAUGGCGAACGUUGUUGCUCGUCCCUUUGGUGGAUUUGCUUCUGAUAGAGCAGCAAGAUACUUUGGCAUGAGGGGUAGGUUAUGGGUCCUCUGGAUUCUCCAAACACUAGGAGGGGCCUUCUGUAUCUGGCUUGGCCGAGCUAAUUCCCUUCCAAUUGCUGUCUUGGCAAUGAUUCUCUUCUCUGUUGGGGCUCAGGCUGCUUGUGGAGCUACUUUUGGUAUAAUCCCCUUCAUUUCUCGCCGAUCUUUGGGUAUUAUUUCAGGCCUAACUGGUGCUGGUGGAAACUUUGGUUCUGGUUUAACGCAAUUAAUCUUCUUCACAAGUUCAAGAUUCUCCACAGCAACUGGUCUUUCUUUGAUGGGCGUUAUGAUUGUGUGUUGCACUCUUCCUGUUACAUUAGUAUACUUCCCACAGUGGGGUGGAAUGUUCCUUCCACCAUCUAGAGACAUCGUGAAAUCUACCGAAGAAUUCUAUUAUGGAUCAGAAUGGAAUGAGGAGGAGAAGCAGAAGGGGCUGCACCAGCAAAGCAUCAAGUUCGCCGAGAACAGCCGAUCAGAGGGUGGCAAGCGCGUUGCUUCAGCUCCUACACCACCAAAUUCCACACCUAACCAUGUCUAGUUCACACGGAAAGAAAAUGCAGAUGGAUGAAAGAUUGCAAGUUCUUCGCCACAAAUAAUUUGCUUGAGUGGUGUAUCAUAUGCCCUACCCUUAUUUUUCAUACUUAAUUUAGAAGAAUCAAAGAUCUUACCCCAUAAAAGAAAAAGAAAAUUUACUUGUAUAUCAUAUCUGGAAUAUUCCAAGGAUUUAUG